AGAGCUUAGUUAUAUCUCAACCUACUGGACUUUAUUUACUAUAUAUAUUUUUUAGAGUUUUAUGUUUAGCAAAAAACAAAGCAUUCCGCUUCUUAGGGUAUAGGCAUAUGGUAAACAAUGAAACGCGUAGCUUGCAAAUCACGUAUCAAUCGAGAGGAUUCCCGUCGCCAAAGCAACACCUUUGGCGUGAUUAUGGAAGUGAAAUCUUGGAUCUUUAAGAGAAGCAAAGGCGAACAGACCACCUGGCUGAGCACACAGGGUGAAAUGAUUGGCAUUCAGAACAAACACAUUGACGAGCUGGGAAUGAAUAUAUCUAAUUAUAAGCAGCCCAAUUUCAAAGCACUGGCUGAACCAGGCGAAGAUGCACCUGACUUGGAAGCUAGUCCACAUAUCAUGGACAGAAUACCUUCUGCCACCAUCUUUGAACGCAUCAGUGCUCAAUGCUUGUAUCAAGUGGUUAAGCUGAAUACUACCAACCCUAUUGACGAUGUGAUACACAUUUGGUUGCCAGGCUUUAAGAAUCGCAUUUAUCGUGAGAGAUUGAACCGAAUCAAGCCAAAUACAAAGGUCUUCAAGUCACAGAAACUGGACAAGCUGCUGGAUAGCCAACAUGUUAAGCAGAUAACCAGCCGUGAGCUGCUAGAAAGACUCAAAUACUCCAGUCAACGUAUUAUACCACGCCCAAGCCGCAUAGUUAAGGAAAAGAAUCGCGCCACACGUAAACAAAACCAAUUGCUCAUUUGCCUGAAACUGACCAGGCGCAAGAGGCACUAUAUGCCAGAGUCCAAGCAAACUGUACACUGGAUCAGAAAGGAGAAACAACAGUUGGCCGGACCACAAUUUGCUCAAGUAGAGCUAACUUUCACUGGACGUCGCCUGGACUUUCAGCUGAUUGAGGUGGAAUCGAAGCAGCUGCUCUUGAAGGAGAUUGUUCCGCCUGAAAGUGUUCACUUUGCAUUUGACAAGAAAAACAUGUGGAUCUAUGCAUUUGUCCUUAUAUUCGUCGUGCUGGUCAUGUUGCCCGAUAUUAUCGACCUUUGUGUUUGGGCAUCGAGGUUUUUGCCAAUCGGUUUGAAUAACGUUCUCAUGCGCUUUGCUUUCUACAUUUUUCACAUCAUUCUCAUACUGCUAGUCAAGUCUACUUGAAUGAACUUUGUUUAGAUGCUGUAUUAUGCUCCUAAAUUAGAGCUGCGUAGUAUGGCAUUGCCGAGUGUAGAAUAAAGUUGUUCGAUUUUUAAA